UAUUCCUUUUAAGAUGACGAGAGAAGAAUAUCAGUGAAGAAGGGCCAAAAAAGACACAGACGAUUGUAUAACUGUCGCCGGUCUGAAUGCUUUGUGGCAGACAUGAUAAAUGAAAUGUGGUAAUCUAAGCAUCUUAGACAUCAAAGGAAAGAAAAGCGAUCUUUUCUAGGGUUCUCCUUUGUGUAUGCAGAGGUGAGACUAUUGGGCUUUCACUGUUAACAAGAUUGAAGCCUGGAAUCCCCUGUUUGUAGGGAUCCUUGAAUUCAUCUGUGCUUUAGGCUACACAGCAUAUAAGAGCACCCUUCAUAAUUGAUUGUGCUUAGUUUACAAGGUGUACAUAAACAUCUCCUCUAGAUUCAGAUACAAUGGAUCUGGAGGAAAACCAGACUAAGAAAAAGAAGAGCUUGAUGCAGUGGAUGUUGGUGUUGUUAAGCUGCUUGGCCUUAUGCAUUGGCACAACUGCAGGGCCAUUGUCACUCAGGUUUUACUUUAUACAUGGAGGGUCUAGUAGGUGGCUGUGUUCCUGGCUAGAAACUGCAGGGUGGCCCAUUCUCAUUCUGCCUCUCCUCAUACUAUACAAAAGGCAGCCAGAUGUUCAACAUGUUACUCCUCAACAAUGCCUUGCUUUCUGUGCAAUUGGGCUCAUCACAGGGGUGGAUGAUUACAUGGAUGCAUGGGGAGUCUCUUACCUGCCUCUCUCUACUUACGCCUUGUUGAAUACCACUCAGCUGGCCUUCAAUGCAAUCUUUGCAUAUCUCUUGGUCCGUCAGAGAUUCAGCCCCUAUUCUAUCAAUGCUAUAAUAUUGCUCACUUUGGGCUCUGUCUUGCUUGCCUUCCAAUCCAAGAGUGACAGACCUAAAGGGCACUCAAACAAAAACUACAUAUUAGGUUUUCUUUUGACAAUUGGUGCAGCUGGGCUCUAUGGAUUAGUCCUUCCUGUCAUUGAACUUGUGUACAAGAGAAGCAAGCGCAGAGUAACAUAUACUCUAGUUAUGGAGAUGCAGCUCAUAAUGUCAUUUUCUGCAACUGUGUUGUGCACAAUUGGCAUGGUAGUGAACAAGGAUUUCGAGACUGUUGCAAGUGAGGCAAGGGCAUCUGAUGUGGGGGAGGUUAAAUUCUACACUGCUUUAGUAUGGAAUGCAAUCUCAUGGCAGCUCUUCUUCAUUGGGGUGUUUGGUGUCAUAUUUCUAACGUCUUCUCUAUUAAGUGGUAUCCUCAAAACUGUAUUUAUUCCAGUGACACAAGUGUUAGCAGUUAUUAUAUACCAUGAGAAUUUCAGCGGGGAGAAGGGCCUUGCUCUGGCACUGGCCUUAUGGGGUUUUGCCUCAUUUUUAUAUGGAGAGUAUUUGAAAUCCAAACAGCCAGCCAAUGUCACAGAGUUAAACGACCAACAUAUUCCUGGCCAUAACUGUGAAUGUUCUGGUAUCAAAGAAGAACGAGCUUUGGAGAUGGAGUUUGAAGAGAAUAGUACUAAUGCAGAAACUCCAGAACUAGGUGACGCUUUCAAAGUUGAUCUCUAA